AUAAACAGCUUUUGCUCAUUCUAGCUACAGCUGGUGACUUCAGACAAGAUUCUUGCUGAGUAUUGUUCAAUUUUAGGGCCUAGCCUAGAUCUACUAAGUAAUACGUGAGAUAUUAGGCACUCUUAGGAUACACACAGUCUCAAGCAGCAGAGUAGCAGCAGCUAAGCAGGACAUUCUCACACUUGUCAUUUGAGUUGCUCCUCGUGUUUGACACUUGUCAUUUGAGUUGCUUCUCUUGUUUGACACUUGUCAUUUGAGUUGCUCCUCGUGUUUGACACUUGUCGUUUGAGUUGCUCCUCGUGUUUGACACUUGUCAUUUGAGUUGCUCCUCGUGUUUGACAUUUGUCAUUUGAGUUGCUCCUAGUGCCAGGUCAGAAGAUGAAUCCAGCUGCCCCAUUGGUGAUUGUUUGCUCUCUGCUUCUACUUUGUGAGAUAGCUGAGCCGUCCCCGCCAGAGAGUCUAAAGCUAGUCAGUGUGCUUUAUCGUCAUGGUGACCGUAGCCCAGUGUCUAUUUACCCAUUGGACAUCAACCAAGUGGCCAAUGCCUGGCCAGAUGGUCUUGGAUGGCUAACUAAUGUGGGUAAAGUUCAACAAUAUGAACUAGGACAAUAUCUGAAACAACGUUAUGAUGGUUUUAUAAACACAUCAUACUACCAUCAUGAUGAGAUCCAGGUCCAGUCCUCUGGUGUAGAGAGAUGCCUGAUGUCUGCCUCUAGCAACUUGGCUGGACUUUACCCCCCUCAGGACGGCCAGAUCUGGAACCCUGACAUUCUCUGGCAGCCCAUCCCAGUCCAGACCCUCCCCACCACAAUGGAUAAUAAACUGGCCCAAGGAGCGCCAUGUCCAAGAUAUGACCAAUUAGUGCAGGAGGUCCUCAACUCUCCAGCCAUUCAAAAAGAAGAACAGGAAAAUAAGGCCUUCUAUGACAUGGUGGAGAAAAACACAGGAGUCCCGAAGGAAAGUAUUAAGGACAUCUGGAGUGUUGGGGAUACCCUGGUCUGUGAGCGUGCUCACAAUCUGACCUGGAAUGCCUGGGCCCAACAGCCUGGUGUGUGGGAGAAGAUGCAGCAGUUGAACACCCUCAGCUUUGACCUGGUAACCUACAACAACGAGAUGGCCAAACUGAAAGGAGGUCCUCUACUGAAAGAAAUAAUCGCCAACAUGCAAAAUGCUGCAACACAAACCCUACCCAAGUUUUAUAUGUACUCUGCUCAUGAUACGACCGUAGCUGCGCUCCUCUCUGCCCUACAUGUGUUUGACCGCCACGCCCCGACGUACAGGGCGCUGGUCAUGGUUGAGUUGCAUCAGAUCCAGGAUGUCUAUGGCGUUAAGAUUUUCUACAGGAACGACACGACUAGAGAUCCUUAUGAGCUGGUGGUACCAGGUUGCCAGUCCCCAUGUAAGCUAGAUGAUCUGAUCACCCUAACAAAGGACACAGUCCCUGUGGACUGGGACGCUGAAUGUAAGGCCCAGACAUCAGUGGCUGCAUCAGGUGCACUUACACCAGCCUCCUGGAUUGCCCUGAGUGUAGGCAUCUGUAUCUGUGUCAUCAUCGCAGUGGCGCUGGUUGUCAUGGUGAUCAGGCUCAAGAGGAGGCAGGCUGGAGUCUACUCCAAGCUUUGACCAAGUUUGUUAGAGCCUCAUUGAAUCCACUCACAUCCUGAUGUUAAUUUAUUUGCUCCAGUCCAUUGUUGGUUUAAAAAAAAUCUAAUUUUAAUCUAGUGACAAGAUAGUCCCACCCACUAUCAAAAUCAAUCCCACUUUAUGUACAAAUUGAAGUGAUGUUUUUUUUUGUUACAUUUCGUUUUUUUUUUUUAACAAACAAAAAAAAUCCCCAAGUCCUUACAUCAAGAGAAUGUUUGGCUUGUUUUGGUUUUCAGUUGAGUUGAAGAAAAGUUAUAAAAAUCUGGUAUGUUAAUGUUUUUGUUUCAUUGUUUUUAUAAAUUGUUUAAGUAAAUGCCACUUAAAAUAAUCAAUUGUAUAAAUGAUUCUCCGGUCUUCCAAAUAGAUUUAGCCUACAGUUAGUAGCUAGUCUAGUUUCAACUGUUAGAACAAUAGGUGAUUAUGUACUCAUAUUUUAGUUAAGUAAAACUGUUCUGUAGUUGUUUCAUAAGAUCUAAGUCAGAACAAAAGAUGUUCUAUGAUGAUAAAAGAGCAUGCUUGCUCUAAGUUGUUUUGUUAUUGUAUUUAAUUUUAAAUCAAAUGAUGGAUAUUAUUUUUUAAUGUUAUCAAUUCACAAAAAAAUGUUUUUUUUAAAUAUAAAAAGCCAGCCAAAUUAUGUAGUCUAAGUCAGCUAUGUUAUAUUAUAAACAGAUUUCAUUUUUCUUACAACCAAUCUGCUUAUGUUCUUGUAACUGUUGGGUGGGGGUACUUUUAUUAACAUUUCCCUUCAUCUGUGAUAAUUUCAAGCUUGUUGUAGAUUUGUACUCAUUCUCAACACUACACUGUACUACACUCAUACUCACAUACAACACUCCUACACAUACCCUGACUGCUGUCCUACUCUUAACACUGUCCUACCCUCAACACUGUCCUACCCUGAACACUUUCCUACCCUGACUACUGUCCUACCCUGACUACUGUCCUACCCUGACUACUGUCCUACCCUGACUACUGUCCUACCCUGACUACUGUCCUACCCUGACUACUGUCCUACCCUGAACACUUUCCUACCCUGACUACUGUCCUACCCUGACUACUGUCCUACCCUGACUACUGUCCUACCCUGACUACUGUCCUACCCUGACUACUGUCCUACCCUGACUACUGUCCUACCCUGACUACUGUCCUAUUCUCAACACUUUUAUUACUUUCCAAACCAUAGUUUGGUCUAACAGCCUAUUGACCAUAUGAUAAUUUGAACCAAACAGUGCUUGAAGCCAGUUGAUUUGCAAUAAUUCAUCUAUGGAGAAUUCAAUUGAUAAAAAUAAAAUAAGAUUUACAAACAAGUUUGUACUUCCUCGACUAUGCCUUAUUGUAAACUAUUGUUAUCUUAGCUAACAAGUUAAAACAUGGUAGGUUCUAAACAUU